UCGCACAGUGCUGACGUUUGUCAGUCAAGAAAUAAGCCGAAAAAAACAAAAACUUGACAAUUAAACUGCAAGUACGACUUAAAUAGACAGUAUCGAAAUUCCGUAUAAUCACAUAUCGAGUUGGUAACAAACAGUCAAGUAGUGUGGCGUCAACGCAAACGUUGACAUCAACAUUUUGUGGCAGACACUGACUUCAAAUUCGCUUGACUGUGAGUGUGUGUGAUUGUGGGUGUUGUUGCACUGCUUAAGUUCUCAAAACCACGAAUGAUAUCGCCACGGUACCGCCGCACCAUGGCUCUACCUUAUCAGAUCGAGAUGCUGCUAGUUGCAAUAUUUACCCUGUCGCUCUCGGAAGCAUUUUAUCUACCUGGUCUGGCCCCGGUUAACUACUGCAAAAGCACGGAAAUCUUACCGACGUGUAAGUCGGAUGUCACUCUGUACGUUAACCGACUUAACACUGAGGAAUCUGUUAUACCCUAUGAAUACCAUCAUUUUGACUUCUGUCUGGGAAAGGAGGAAAACUCGCCGGUUGAGAAUCUUGGCCAAGUAGUGUUUGGCGAGCGAAUUCGACCAGGUCCUUACAGCAUACAGUUUAGGGAGGAUGUGGAAUGCGCAGUGGCUUGCCGCAAGAAUUAUACCGGAGGCAAUGCGGAUAGCGAUCGGCGAAUGAUGGUGCUAAAAAAGGGAAUCAGUUUAAACUAUCAGCAUCAUUGGAUUGUUGAUAACAUGCCCGUGACGUGGUGUUAUCAGCUGGAGACAGGCAAGCAGUAUUGCAGCACUGGUUUUCCCAUGGGAUGCUUGGUGCGACCAGACGGCGAAGGAUGUGCCAUCAAUGCGCAGUACAAUCGGCCACUUCAUUACUACCCCUUCAAUCAUGUAGAUCUGGAGAUCACAUUUCAUAGUGGGAAAUCCGAAGAUUGGGGCAUGAACUUUGGCGGCAGCAGUGGUCGCAUAAUCUCUGCGAAAGUAACACCCAGAUCACUGAAUCAUGCUGAUCCCAAUAAACCAACCUGUGGUCAAAAUGAACCCCCAUUGGCCAUACGCGAGAGUUCUCUCAAGUCGGGCGAAUUUCAGUUAAUUGUCUACACGUACAGCGUUAAAUUCACAGAGAAUGACAAAAUUAAAUGGUCUUCACGUUGGGAUUAUAUUCUGGAAUCGAUGCCCCAUACAAAUAUUCAGUGGUUCUCUAUUCUCAACUCGCUGGUCAUUGUACUAUUCCUAAGUGGCAUGGUUGCUAUGAUUAUGCUGCGUACGUUGCACAAAGAUAUCGCCCGAUAUAAUCAAAUGGACAGCGGCGAAGAUGCGCAGGAGGAGUUUGGCUGGAAACUCGUGCACGGUGAUGUCUUUAGGCCACCACGCAAGGGAAUGCUGUUGUCCGUGUUUUUGGGCUCUGGUGUGCAGGUGUUGGUUAUGGCAUUGGUUACCUUGGCUUUUGCCUGUCUUGGUUUCUUGUCGCCGGCAAAUCGUGGCGCUUUGAUGACCUGCUCAAUGGUGUUGUUUGUUUCGCUUGGAACACCUGCUGGAUAUGUCUCGGCACGAAUCUAUAAGAGCUUUGGUGGCGUCAAAUGGAAGAGCAAUGUAAUUCUCACCUCAAUCGUGUGUCCCGGCGUCGUCUUUUCGCUGUUCUUCGUUAUGAAUCUGGUGCUUUGGGGAGAAGGCAGCUCUGGUGCUGUGCCCUUUAGCACAUUGAUUGCCUUGCUUGCUCUCUGGUUUGGAGUCUCCGUUCCUCUGACCUUUGUUGGUGCCUACUUUGGUUUUCGAAAGCGCGCCUUGGAGCAUCCAGUUCGUACUAAUCAAAUACCACGUCAGAUACCAGAUCAGUCCAUCUAUACCCAGCCUAUUCCCGGCAUUGUUAUGGGCGGAGUAUUACCAUUUGGCUGCAUUUUCAUUCAGCUGUUCUUCAUACUGAGCUCGCUGUGGUCGAAUCAGAUGUACUAUAUGUUUGGAUUCCUCUUCCUGGUAUUCCUUAUACUGGUCAUAACGUGCUCGGAGACAACCAUCUUGCUAUGCUAUUUCCAUCUAUGUGCGGAGGACUAUCAUUGGUGGUGGCGAUCGUUUCUCACAUCGGGCUUUACGGCCGUUUAUUUGUUCAUCUACUGUUGUCAUUACUUUGUCACAAAGCUCUCGAUUAAGGACAGUGCAUCAACGUUCCUUUACUUCGGUUAUACGGCUAUUAUGGUAGUCCUUUUCUUUUUGCUUACCGGCACAAUUGGAUUCUUUGCGUGCUUCUGGUUUAUACGGAAAAUCUAUAGCGUUGUCAAGGUCGACUAGACGCAUAUACAUACAUAUACAUAUAUAUAUACAUCAAAUGCAAAUGUUUUUACAGAGUUUGUGCCCGUAUGUUUUGUAUGUGUAGCCACAAUUUACACUUAAGCCUAAUGUGUGUGAUUUCUGUGCUGUGCAGGAACAGCCGGUUUUCUGUUUAAUAUAAUGAAACUAAUGUAAUUAUACAUAUACUAUAUGUAUGUACACAUAUGUAGUACCGAAGCGCGCAAUAAUUUUAAGUAUUAUUCAGAUAGUACGAGAAAGGGAGAAAAUCAAUUGUGAAAUUCAUUU